AUGUUCCGCAGCAUUAGCGAGCACGUGGGUUCAGAUGAGACAACCCCGUCCUCCCCCUCUUGCCUCACACCCUCCGCGUCCUCUCCCAAUGGGAACCACCGGACCGCGUCGUCUCGCCGCUACCUGUCGCGCGUCGGGGCGUCGGAGCCGUUGGAACGCACCCUCCCCCGCAAAAGCCGCUUGAACGGCGACGACGACACUGACGCUGGGUCGGCGGCGACGGGCCGCGACGAAGCGACGGAGGUGGAGGAGGAGGAUUCGUCGGACGCGUCGGUGUCGAUGCGGCGCCUGGGGCGCGAGAUUAAUGAGCUGCGGAGGCAGCUCGAGCGAUGCUCCAAGAUUAAUAAGUGGCUAACCGAAUCUUUGCGUUCCGCGGAGCGCACCGCGGCGGAAGCCACGGCAGCCGCGCAGGUAGCCGAAGCGGAGCGGGACCACGUGGCGAAGGAGCUGGAGGAGAUGCUGAACGCGUGGUCGCAAGCGGAUAACGCGGCGGCGGCGAAGCAGGAGGAGGAGCGCACGUCGGUUGAACGAAGCCGCGCGUCACUGGAGCGGGCGCGCGCGGUGUUGGCGCAAGAGAGGGAGGCGGUGGGGAGGGAGAGAGAGGAGGUGAGGAGGGAGCGGGAGGAGUUGAAGCGGGCGAGGGAAGCGCUGCAGAAAGAUAAGGAGAGGAUCGCGGCAGGGCGGGCGGCGCAAGAGGUGCACAUGGAGUGGAGCAAGGCGCACCGCCAGGCGGAGAUGAUGGGCGGGCGGCAGCACCAGCACCAUGUGACUCCCGAUGGUGUGCUUCUAAGGAGCGUGAGCAUGAACAGCACGUGUAGCACGUGCAGCACGUGCAGCUGCCUGAGCAGCACCCGAUGCAUCAGCGAGGCCAGGUCGAACGAGGGAGCCACGAAGCAGCAGUCGAGCAAGCAGGGAGGGAGCAGGAGCAGCGGCAGCACCAAGAGCGGCGUGUCUGGCGGACGUUGGUUGGCCUCCUCGCGAUCGGAGAGCAACCUGGCCGCGUCCGCUUCCAAGUCAGAGCACGCUCCGAGUGGGCUUCCGCACUCCGCAAGCGUGGGCGAAUACGUGAAUUUGUCGCAGAAGAGCAUCGUGUCGCCAAAAGAACGCGUGGGCCAAUCGUGGGGACUCGAGAGCCCUGGUGCUGGAGCGCCGGAAAAGGGUGCGUCUCAAGGAACCAGCGGAACGCACGGCGCAAAGAGCGACAUACACAACCGUGAAUCCAAGAGCCGUGAUAACUGGUCGAGGGAGUUCCCUCUUAAAGCGGCAGAUGCGGGUCGCGAGGGAGCGCAGAGCCGUAAGGAGGGUGGCGCAAAGGCGAUGAUCCGCAGCAUUAGCGAUCGUGUGGCACGCGACUCGGCAAGUACGAACGCGACAGUCCCAACCUCUCCCGCUUCCUCUACGUCCUCCGCUUCCUCCGCUUCCUCCGCUUCCUCUGCUUCCUCUGCUUCCUCUCCUAAAGCGAUCCAGGGGAACGCAUCGUCCCGAGGCCGAUCCCUGUCGCGCGUCGCGGCGUCGGAUCCGUCGGAGCGCACCCUCUCCCGCAAAACCCGUUUGAAGGACGAGGACACGGCGACAACGGCCCGAAACGAAGCGACGGAUGGCGAGGAGGAUUCGGACGCCGGGUCGGUGUCGAUGAGACGGCUGCGUCGCGAGAUUGACGAUCUGAGGACGCAGCUGGAACGAUGCGUGCGAAUCAACAAGUUGCUCUCUGCGGAGCGCACAGCGAAUGAAGCCACAGCAGCCACCCGCGUGUUGGCGUCGGAACGAGACGACUUGGCGAAGGAGCUGGAAGCGGUGCUGAAAGCGUGGUCCCAGGCUGAUGACGUGGCAGCGGCAAAGCAAAAGGAGGAACGUGCGUCAGCGCAAAGGACCCGAGUGUCGCUGGAGUGGUCGCGAGCAGUGUUGGCACAGGAAAGGGAGGCUGUGGGGAAGGAGAGGGAGGAGGUGAGGAAGGAGCGAGAGGAGUUGAAGCGGGAGAGGGAAGCGCUGCAGAAAGAUAAGGAGAGGAUCGUCAAGGACGCGGCGAAGCAGGCGGCACAAGAGGUGCAGAGCGAGAGGAUGAAGGUGCAGCAUCAAGCAUGGAUGAUGGGCGUGCGGCAGCACCAGCACGAUGUGACCCCCGACGGUGUGCUUUCAAGGAGCGUGAGCAUGAGCAGCACGUGCAACUGCCUCAACAGCACAGGAAGCAGCGCCGAGACGAGGUCCAACAACGAGGAAGCAACGGACCAGGAGCCAAGCAAGCAGGGGGGGAGAAGGAGCAGCGGCAACAUCAAGGCCGAUUUCCUUGCGUCUGUUGAGGCGGCGAAGCAGCUGAGUCCAGCACUAGCACCGUCGUACCAGCUGGUUCUCUAUGGGCUGUACAAGCAGGCGACUGCAGGAAGCAUCACUUCGUGUUCAGAAGAGGACGUGGACACUGACGACCGCGAGAAACUUCAGGCUUGGCGCGACUUCGCAGGCCUUAGCAUCGAGGUCGCGAUGGUCAACUACGUUCAGAAGGUGAAGCAAUUCCAGAUUCUCUUCUCGCCUUCUUGA